AUGGCUCAUUUUGAAUUUGCUAUUCCACUACAAAAAGAUGAGCUCUUGGAGUCUCAUGCUGGACAGUAUCACGUAGAAGAUGUAGUUCAACCAAGAUUAUUAUUGUCAAAGCUCCAAGAUGCCGCUCGUGCAUACAACUCUGAUGGCGUAGAAUAUGUAUUAGAACAUUUUGAUACCUAUUUUUCAAUAAUUGUUCACGGCACCAAGUUAGAAUGGAAUAUAGUAAAUAAAGGAUUCGACCAUUUAGUCAGAACUGUCAAGAACCUAUGUGGCCAUUUGGAAAAUAUUUUACAAGAUCAAAUUAUUGAUGCUGAUAUACGAGUAAAAAAUUUAAACAUAGUUAAAAUGACUAUGUAUUUAUUUACACAAAUAAUGAAACUUAAAGAUGCUAAAUUGGCUGCAGAUAAUUCCACAAAAUUAACUUUGGGUAAGAAGGGAAAGAAAACAACUGAUGAGAAUGAAUUUUGUGGUUGGACUGAAGCAGACAAACAAGGUGCUUUGGUAUGUUUACAUUUACUUCUCCAACAACCAUUGCCCCAUUUAUGGGAACCACCUUUAGCUGAAGAUAAUUUUGUUUCAAUGGUAGCAGAGCCUUGUUAUAAAGCUUUAGGAGAACAAAUAAUAAAAACAAAAAUUGUAAGAGAAACUGUUUUUCAAGUAUUAGGGGUGCUUAUAAAGAAGUAUAACCAUGGAACAUCUUGUGUUAUAAAAUUGGUUCAGGUCCUAAAACUUGUUGAGCACUCUGUGUCUCCUAUAUGUGCUGGAGUUGUUCAGUUAACUAAAGAUUUUGGCCUUACAACCUUUGGGCCACAAAUGGUUCGUGAAAUAACAGAGGCUCUAGCUACAUCAGAUGAAGAAAAUGGGGGUGGAGCUGAGCAAGGUGCAGCUAAAAAUUGUGGUACAUUCUUGCUUGAACUUACAAAAGAACUGCCCAAAGAAAUGGUUAAUGCUAUUGCAACUAUACAGCCUUAUUUGGAAAGUGAUGAGUCAUACACGAUCCGCAUCGGCGUGCUGGGGAUGAUAUGUGAGGUGCUCAGCGUGGAACUCACGGGCGAGGGGCUGACGGACGAGCAGCGCGCACAAAGGGAUGACUUUCUAGACGAUUUGUUUGAGCACAUGCAUGAUACGUCUGCUUAUGUGCGACAUAAGGUACUUCAAUUUUGGUGUCGGCUGCAACGAGAAAAUUGCGUCCCUGUGGUUCGUCAGCACUCCGUGCUCGAACGAUCCAUCGGCCGCCUACGGGACAAGGCGGCUCUGGUUAGGAAAGCGGCCAUACAAUUACUUAAAACGUUUUUGGAGUGUAACCCAUUUUCAGCACAAUUAAAGCUACAACUUUUAGAAGAGCAAUUAGCAAGUGAGCAAAAAAUUCUAGAAGAACUGCAGGAAAAAUUGAACCCUGGUCCUGAUCCAGAGCUUAUAAAAGUCUGGGAGAAAAUGGAAAAGCAAGUAAUGAAAACAAUCUUAGAGAAAAUGGAUACUUUAACACAAGAUGAACCGGAGUUAUCCCAAGCUACAGUGGAAAAUUUAUAUGACGCAAUUCGAAAAAAUUUAAGAGAAAAGAAUUAUUACAAAGCUUACUUAAUUGUAAAGCAUACAGAAAGACAAUAUCCAGAUGCGAAAUUAUUAAGAUGUGAGAUGGAAAAAAGUGAUCAGGUUGACUACUUUGUAGCAUUGCUACGUAACGUGUUCAUCAUACCAGAUCGACGCAAGUCCACAUCCCUAACACAACAGUGUGAACAAGAUCUCGCUAUAUACAAGAGGAUAGAAGAAAAAGAAAAUAUUGUUGCCUUUCUUCAGGAGUCCAUACAUUUUAGUCGCAUGAUUUCUGAAGCAGUCCCAUUAAUAAAUUCCCUAUUGAUGUCAAAGCAAGCCGGCGACGUGAAUGAGGCCAUAGAUUUCUUUACCACUGCACAUCAUUUUAACAUUGAAUCUGCUAAAGUUGGAGUGACUAAUAUGCUUUUGCUUGUCUGGUCGCCAGAUCAAGAAAAACGCGAGGCAGUAGAGCGCGCGUACCGCGACAUGUACCUGGAGUGCGACGUGAAGGCCGAGCGCGCGCGCGCAUUCGCCAUCGCGCGCAAGCUGCUGUCGCUUGCUCUGCAGCUGGACCGCGGCGCCGCGCUCGCGCUCGCGCUGCUCAUCGACAAGUGGGUGGCGCGCGGGGACCUCACGCCCGCCAUCAUACAG